GGAAAAAAAAGCACCAGUAACCUGAGCUGGAAAUGGCAGCGAGCGGAGAGCAGCAGAGAGCAGAUCAGAUAAUUAACCUGAAGGAUAAAGUAUGCCUGGUGACUGGUGCCAGCUCUGGGAUUGGUGGCGGCACUGCGCUACUCUUUGCCCGCCUGGGAGCCCGAUUGGCGCUGAAUGGACGGAAUGAGGAGAAGUUGCAGGAGACGGCUCUAGCAUGUGAACAGUAUUCAGGGGUGAAGCCUCUGUUGGUACCUGGAGACCUGACAGAUGAAGAAUGUGUCCGAAAAAUAAUUGAGGAGACAGUGGCACAUUUUGGUCAGCUCGACGUGUUAGUGAACAGUGGUGGUAUCUUGGCCAUGGGAACUGUGGAAAACACCUCUCUGCAGGACUUUGAUCGAGUGAUGAAUGUCAAUGUCAGAGCCAUCUUUUAUCUCACACAUUUGGCUGUGCCGCAUCUCAUCAAGACCAAGGGAAACAUCAUCAAUGUAUCUAGUGUGAAUGGCCAGAGGUCGUUCCCUGGUGUUCUGGCAUACUGCAUGUCAAAAUCAGCAGUCGAUCAACUGACAAGGUGUGCAGCUUUGGAACUGGCCCCUAAGCAAGUCCGGGUCAAUGCCGUUUGCCCUGGAGUGAUCAUUACUGAUGUACACAGACGAGCUGGACUGAAUGAAGAGCAAUAUUCAGAGUUCCUACAGCGCACUCAACACACACAUGCCUUGGGACGUCCUGGCACCGUGGAUGAGGUUGCCCAGACAAUCGCCUUUCUGGCCUCUGAUGCUGCUUCCUUCAUUACAGGAGUCACCUUGCCUGUAGAUGGAGGCCGCCAUGCUAUGUGCCCACGAUGAGUACCAAGGGCAGAUGGUAUUAAUACAAACAAACGACCAAUAAUUUACUAUAUCAUUGUCUAACUACAGGAUAUAGACAUCAGCAAGCUUGGUAUCACCAUUAACAAAUAAUUCAACCCAAUCCUAAAAAUGUUGUUGAGGAAUCAAAGGUGUCGAAUUGUCCAAUAAAUGUUUGUUUGAAAAGUUUUGAACAAUAAAGUCAAUGACUGAA